CGGAGCCUUACUUUCGGGAGCGGCCCGCCGCACAGCUCCGGCGCCCGCCGCCCUCCCGCCCAGCGAUCCUGAGGCGGCCGUACAAUCCUCGGCAGUGUCCUGAGACUGUAUGGUCAUCUCAGCAGCCUCUCCCGCCCGGCCUCGGACUCCUUCCAGCUCCGGUCGUUCGAACCACUUCUUUUUUUGAAAACCCAGAAAAGCGACUCCUUUUCAAGGGAAAAAGGAACUUCAGUUCCUUUCUCGCUUCUUUUCGCGUCUGACAACCUCCACCCACUCCUUUCCCCGACCCCGCCUCCGCACGCAGGUUCCUCCCAGUCACCUUUCCUCACCCCCCUCCCCCGCACCUAGCCAGACGCCCGCAAACUUCCACCUGACUGUGCGGGGCGCUCGGGACCUGCGAGCACUAGGACCUUUACCACCGCCCGGACCGCGGGGAGCGGACGAGGGCCACAGCGAAGGAAGCGGCUGCAGCCACCACCCGCCGCGGAGCCCAGGUGCUCGGCUUUUCAAAGGGCCACAGCGACAAUGACAGCUGACAAGGAGAAGAAAAGGAGUAGCUCGGAGAGGAGGAAGGAGAAGUCCCGAGAUGCUGCGAGGUGCCGGCGGAGCAAGGAGACGGAAGUGUUCUACGAGCUGGCCCACGAGUUGCCUCUGCCUCACAGCGUGAGCUCCCAUCUGGACAAGGCCUCCAUCAUGCGGCUGGCUAUCAGCUUCCUGCGAACACAAAAGCUCCUGUCCUCAGUGUGCUCUGAAAAUGAGUCUGAAGCUGAAGCUGACCAGCAGAUGGAUAACUUGUACCUGAAAGCCCUGGAGGGGUUCAUUGCUGUGGUGACCCAGGAUGGUGACAUGAUCUUCCUGUCAGAAAACAUCAGCAAGUUCAUGGGACUCACACAGGUGGAGCUAACAGGACACAGUAUCUUUGACUUCACUCAUCCCUGUGACCACGAGGAGAUCCGUGAAAACCUGAGUCUCAAAAAUGGUAUCCUUAACUGCUCUGGUUUUGGGAAGAAAAGCAAAGACAUGUCCACAGAGAGGGACUUCUUCAUGAGGAUGAAGUGCACAGUCACCAACAGAGGCCGAACUGUCAACCUCAAGUCAGCCACCUGGAAGGUCUUGCACUGCACUGGCCAGGUAAAAGUCUAUGACAACUGCCCUCCUCACAGUAGCCUCUGUGGCUACAAGGAGCCCCUGCUCUCCUGCCUCAUCAUCAUGUGUGAACCGAUCCAGCACCCGUCCCACAUGGACAUCCCCCUGGACAGUAAGACCUUCCUGAGCCGCCACAGCAUGGACAUGAAGUUCACCUACUGUGACGACAGAAUCACAGAACUGAUUGGUUAUCAUCCUGAGGAGCUGCUCGGCCGCUCAGCCUAUGAAUUCUACCAUGCGCUGGACUCAGAGCACAUGACCAAAAGUCACCAGAACUUGUGCACCAAGGGGCAGGUGGUGAGUGGCCAGUACCGCAUGCUCGCCAAGCACGGGGGCUACGUGUGGCUGGAGACCCAGGGGACCGUCAUCUACAACCCUCGCAACCUGCAGCCCCAAUGCGUCAUGUGCGUCAACUAUGUCCUGAGCGAGAUUGAAAAGAACGAUGUGGUGUUCUCCAUGGACCAGACAGAGUCCCUCUUCAAGCCUCACCUGAUGUCAAUGAACAGCAUCUUUGACAGCAGUGGUGACGUAGCUGUGUCUGACAAGAGUAACUUCCUGUUCACCAAGCUAAAGGAGGAGCCUGAGGAGCUGGCCCAGCUGGCCCCAACCCCGGGAGAUGCCAUCAUUUCUCUGGAUUUCGGGUGCCAGAACUUCGAGGAGUCCUCAGCCUACGGCAAGGCCAUCCUGCCCCCAAGCCAGCCAUGGGGGGCAGAAGUGAGGAGCCACAGCACCCAGAGCGAGGCCGGGAGCCUGCCUGCCUUCACCGUGCCCCAGGCAGCUGCCGCGGGCAGCACCACCCCCAGUGCCACCAGCAACAGCAGCUGUUCCACGCCCAGCAGCCCUGGAGACUAUUACUCCUCUCUGGAUGAUAACCUGAAGAUUGAAGUGAUUGAGAAGCUCUUUGCCAUGGAUACAGAAGCAAAGGACCAAUGCAGCACCCAGACGGACUUCAACGAGCUGGACUUGGAGACACUGGCACCCUACAUCCCCAUGGACGGGGAAGACUUCCAGCUGAGCCCCAUCUGCCCAGAGGAGCAGCUCUUGCCAGAGAGCCCGCAGCCCACCCCCCAGCACUGCUUCAGUACCAUGACAAACAUCUUCCAGCCACUGGCCCCUGCCACAUCCCACGGUCCCUUCCUCCUGGACAAGUAUCAGCAGCAGCUGGGAAGCAAGAAGACAGAGCCCGAGCACCGGCCCAUGUCCUCUAUCUUCUUUGAUGCUGGAACCAAGGCGUCCCUGCCACCAUGCUGUGGCCAGGCUAGCACCCCUCUCUCUUCCAUGGGGGGCAGAUCCAACACACAGUGGCCCCCGGAUCCACCAUUACAUUUCGGGCCCACGAAGUGGCCCAUUGGGGAUCAGCACACGGAGUCCUUGGGAUCACCGCCAGUGGGGCCCCCCAUCUCCUCGCCUCACGUCUCCAUGUUCAAGACAAGGUCUGCAAAGGGCUAUGGGUCUCGGGGCCCAGAUGUGAUGAGCCCAGCCAUGGUAGCCCUCUCCAACAAGCUGAAGCUGAAGCGACAGCUGGAGUAUGAGGAACAAGCCUUCCAGGACAUGAGUGGGGUGGAUCCACCGGGCAGCAGCACUUCACAUCUGAUGUGGAAACGGAUGAAGAACCUCAGGGGUGGGAGCUGCCCUUUGAUGCCCGACAAACCACUGAAUACAAACGUCCCCAAUGAUGAGUUUCCCCAAAACCCCAUGCGGGGCCUGGACCAGCCCCUGAGACACCUGCCACCGCCACAGCCACCGUCUACCAUGAGUCCUGGCGAGAAUGCCAAGAGUGGGUUCCCCCUGCCAUGCUAUGCCACCCAAUACCAAGACUAUGGCCUGCCACCGGCUCACAAGGUGUCAGGCAUAGCAAGCCGGCUGCUGGGGCCCUCGUUUGAGCCCUACCUGCUGCCCGAACUGACCAGAUAUGACUGUGAGGUGAACGUGCCCGUGCCGGGAAGCUCCACACUCCUGCAAGGAGGGGACCUCCUCAGAGCCCUGGACCAGGCCACCUGAGCCAGGCCUCCCGCCCGGCAGCAGCCCUGCCGACGCCGUCCCACCAGCUUCACUCUCUCCGUCUGUAUUUGCAACUAGGUAUUUCUAACGCCAGCACACUUUUUACAGGAUGGACUUAACCUGGCAGACUUGCCCAGGUCACCAAGCAGUGGCCUUUUUUCUGAGAUGCUCACUUUAUAUUUUUAAAAUACACAAGUGUUUUACCUGUUCCGUUUUGCUCUGUCAAUGAAAAUGUUCUUAAAUUUUAUGAGAUUUUUUUCUCCCAACCUUCAAUUACUUCUAAUUUAUAUUAUCCAUAGGUUUUCUUUCCUUCCCUCUCCCCCCCACACACAAACAUUGAUACUAACACAUUUGGUGUAUGUUUGUUCUCUGUAGGGAAAGCUUUGGCUUCAUUUAAUCAAAAAGAUUUUUUGUUAUUGUUGUUGCCAAAGAGAAACAAAACGAUUUCGAUUUCCAAACUUGAUUUGUGGCUCCCCCCCUUUCAACGCCCUUCUUCUUUCUUUUGUAAAACUAAUCACCAUAUUGUAAAUUUCAACUCUUUUUUUUUUUUUUUAAGCCUCUACUUUGCUCUAAUUUUGAUAUGACUUUUGGACAAAAAGAAAUGUGAAGGGUGAACUCCAACGUCUGUGGUUAAUCUGUGAAGGUUGCACAGUGUGGCUUUUCCUAAACUGUUUGGUGUUUCCCCCACCCCCAUUCGGUGGAUUUAUUAUUAUUAUUAUUAUUCAAAAACAUAAGUGAGUUUUUUUUUAAAAAAGAAAAUUUAUAUCUGGGUUAAAUGUUUAUCAUAUAUGGGUACUUUAUAAUAUCUAAAAACUAGGAAAUGGAAUCUUGCUCACAAAAUCACUUUAAGAUCUUUUUGUAAGCUGUUAAUUUUAUUUUUCUUGGUGUUGCGGACACUGCAGAACUGUACAGUACUCCCGCGGGCCUCAACUAACACUGCUCAAGGUCUCUCUAGUGGCUUCUUGCUUUUGCGAUAGGCCAUAGGUGUGACAAAACAAUCCGAGACGUGGAGUCACUGAGUGGGAUAAUUGCGCGCUGUCUCCUCACGUUCGCUAUGUACUAUGUAUGUAUUAUUACUAUUAUCGCUGCCAGGAGGGUCUGAUGGCGCGGGGCGGGGGUGGGCAGAAUGCCGAGGGAGGGGAAGUGCUUUGACUUUUCUUAAGGUUCUGUUGCUAGCCCUUCAAGUGCACUGAGCUCUGUGACUCUGACUGUCUUUCACGCGGCACAUGAGAGCAUUUCCAGACUACCAUGAAAUGGUCUAGAUGGGAAUUCCAGGAAGUAAACGAAGGCUUCAGCAACGGUGUAGUGAUCCGGGCCACGUCCUCCUAGCUCACGACCUAGGAGCAAGUGGCGCUGGAUGCGGGCGGGCACGCACAGGGAGGACGGCGGGGCCGAGGUGCAGCGCCCCCUGUCGGCGAGCAGCUGGCAGACACCCCCCUCUCCCCCCCAGCCUCCCGCCCUCGCGGAGUGUCCGGGUCACAGGUGGUGAUAUGUAUAGGUAGAAAGCACUGAAAACGGUGUUCCCAGAGCACUCUGUAACUCACUGGGUAAGAGGGACAACCCCUUUGGUUUUUAAAUACCAAUUAUGUGGAACUUUUCUGUCAUGGGUACAAGGAAGAUUCUAAACACACACAAAGCACAUCAGGCCAAGAAUUUGGUAAGCCCAGAUGGACUUAUUGCCCAAAACAAAAACUAACUUUCAAAACCAAUUUAAGUUAUAUGAGAAAAAAAUGUGAUAAUGUUGCCUCAAUCAUAUUUUAGCAGCACAGCGUUGCCCAACACACGGCAGCAGGACUUGAAGGGUUACUGACACGUAAACGCUGGCAUUUGAUUUCCUGUGUGUGUUGCCCAGGCAUUAAGGGCAUUUUACCCUUGCAGUUUUACUAAAACACUCUGAAAACUAUUCCAGGCUUCAUAUUAACCUUACCUGUCAAUGUAACGUUUUCAUGAACAUUAUUAUAUUGUCGAAUUCCUACUGACAACAUUAUAACUAUAUGGGAGCUUAACUUUAUAAGGAAAUGUAUUUUGACACUGAUAUCUUAUUAAAGUAUUCUGAUCCUACCA